AUGAUCGAGCAAAAGAAAAAAGACAACAUACUUGAAAGACUUGAUGAAGACAAUGACAACAGAAAUGAUGAUAAAAUCAAAGUCAAAAGGAUAACUAUAAUUUCUUUACAUAUUGAUGGAGCAUAUAAAGUUGGACAUUACUAUGGAAAUGAAAUUGAAACUAAAAAGGAUAGCUGUCAAGCAUUUAAUGACUAUAAUGAUAAUGACAAUAAUGAUGGAAAGACAAUUGUUUCUGAUAAAGAAAGUCAAAGUCUCGAGUUGUUAAAUUUUGAAAAGCUUGAGGACACCUGUGAUGAUUGGCAUAAAAGA